GUUGGAAAUUUUCCCUUGCCUGUUUUGCUUCGAAUACGAUAUUCGUGAUGGUCGUUCUGUUUCGAAUAUUGUGCUACUUCUUAAAUUUCGUUACCAUUUACGUUUUGACACUCGCCUUUGCUUUUAUUUCCGUGCAAUAGUUUGUCCAUCCAUUCAUUUGUUUUUUAUACGAUUAGUUUCAUCUCCACUUUUGGUCUUUUGUGUUUUUGAUUUUGAGGAAAAUGAGCUUUGAGAAGUUAAUUAACAAAGUUAUAAUUUAAAGUAAUUAAGUACUAGUGAUUAAAAAGAUUAAGUGAAAGAAAAACAACAAUAAAAUACAGUUGUUAAAAAUCACACAGAGACAUUUAAAUGAAAGCUCGGAAGCAGUGUAAUAAAAACUUGUAACAAAUGGAAAUGAUUUUCAGUUUUUAAUCAAUAAGUACAAAGCAAAACGAAAGUGAAGAAACCAUCUAUAUGGCAAACACACGUAGUAAAAUUGAUGGGAAAACAAAACAACUGGGAAUAGAAAAAAUAUUUUAUGACGACACACAGGAAGAGAGUACUACUGCAACGAAGUCAUCUAAAAACAAAUUAAGUGCUACUAAACUAAAAGCGAGAAUUGGACAUUUAGAAGCCGAUCAACUUAAACAAGAAUUUCUAGAAAAAGAACAAAUGCACACUUUUAGUGAAACAGGCGCCGGUGUGCCGGCUUUCUUGGCUAAGUUAUGGCGACUGGUGGAUGAUCCGGAUACCAAUCAUCUCAUCUGCUGGAAUAAGGAUGGUCGAAGUUUUAUAAUUCAAAAUCAAGCUCAGUUUGCUCGUGAAUUGCUCCCUCUGAAUUACAAGCACAACAACAUGGCCAGUUUUAUUCGGCAAUUAAAUAUGUAUGGCUUCCACAAGAUAACAUCAAUUGACAAUGGCGGCCUAAAAUUCGAUCGGGAUGAAAUGGAAUUCUCUCAUCCAUGCUUCAAGCGAAAUUGUCCAUAUUUGCUUGAGCAUAUUAAGCGAAAAAUCGCCAAUACAAAAAGUCUAGAUGACAAAUCAGGUUUGAAGCCCGAAGCUGUCACGAAAGUGCUGCAAGAUGUUAAAGCAAUGCGUGGUAGACAGGAUUCGCUUGAUUCACGUUUUUCAGUUAUGAAGCAGGAAAAUGAGGCUUUAUGGAGAGAAAUAGCUUCUCUGCGGCAAAAACAUGCCAAGCAACAGCAAAUUGUCAAUAAACUCAUACAAUUUUUAAUCACAAUUGUUCAACCAUCGCGCAACAUGACAAGUGUAAAACGACAUAUGCAGUUGAUGAUACAUGAUACACCGGACAAUGCAAAACUUCGCAACAAGAGUGAAUCCGAAUCUGAAUGUGGACCAGUUAUUCAUGAGCUCGGUGAAGAGUUGCUUGACGAAGUCGCUGAUCCUGACAUUGAUCUAAUGGAUGCAUCAAGUCCAUAUAGUAAAAUGAUUCCAAAUAAUGAUACAGAAGGAAAUAGAUCACCGCUAAACAUUGAGCGACCCCAUUCUAGUGUUAGCCAAGGAUCCCAACACUACGACUUUUCGAAUCAGAGCACGGAUGACGCAGUUAACACUGCUGUGACUGGUCCGACUUGUAGCAGUGGUGGUAGGAGUAGUGUAAAUGCAAUAAACAACAUGACAUCUCAGAAAAUCGGUAUGGAAUCGGACUCAUCAAUUAUACAGUCAGUAAAUCCAGAUGGAUCGCAGAUUUUCUAUCACGUUACCGAGGUACCCGAUGCAAUAGACGCGCAUAAUAACGACGUCAUGCCUGGUGCAUCGCCAAGUUACAGCGAGGAGAACGUGUUGACUACACCAAUGGUUCGUGAACAAAUGGCACGCUCACAGCAGCUGAAACAAAGAAAUAAGCGACGCCGUAUACAAAUUGAUGAUGAUGAUGAUUCCACAGAUAUCACCGCUUCAAUGUCGAAGAUAAGAAACGUUGAAUUAAAACGGCAGUCACCACUAUUAAUCAAAAGCGAGAAAGAGCCACAAAUCGACCCAAUGUCGUUCUUAAAUGAUUUUCCAGACGACCAUAACACACAUGCAAGCGUUUCCGGAAAUCUUAAAGAAAAUCUUGCAGCAAACCGAAGUGGUUCUAGUUUACUAAAUGCUGGCAAUAUAGUAACUGGUGCCAUAUCACCAGUCAGCACAGCUAACAAGAGUCCCCUACUAGGCCAAUCGACAAAUUUUUAUAAUUCAAAUGAGUUUAUUACAUCCGAAAUGCCUGCUGAUAUAUUUGAGGAAUCUCCAUUAAUAUCCGCUGAGCCAAAUAGUUAUAAUCAGCAACAACAGAAACAACAGCAACAAAUACAAUAUGGUCGAACAACGGCUAACAGUGGCAAGUUUUCUUCAUUUGUCGCGCGUAGUAAUAAUAGCGGCAACGUAGCAGCAGCUUCCAAUAGGGCCUCAACAUCUGCCGCAGCUGCUGCCAACCAAUUUAGCAACGAUGACAGGCAGAGCAACAUCAAUUCUCCUGUAACCUCACAACAGGGAAAGACCAUCAAUAAUGGAAAUAAUAUGUCUUUAGCUAAAUAUAAAAGCGGUGGUACUGGAAAUGAGGGAAUUAUGCGUGAUGAAGUGAACGACCAUUUGGAUAAUGUGCAGGAUGAAUUGGAGUCGCUUAAGGAUUUGCUACGCAGUGAUGGCUAUUCGUUAGAUGCAAAUACUCUGUUGGGCAACGGAGAUGCUACAAACACGAAUACAACCAAUCGAUUUUCCCUGUCAUCACAACUGGAUGGGGAGUUUCUCACGAAGCUAUUCAAUGAUUCCGAUAUUUUAGGACCAUUCGGUUUAAAUUUGGUUAAUGAACCCAACAAUGAGAAAAAAGGUUCGGAGCUUAUAUCGUACCAGCCAAUGUAUGAUCUUUCAGACAUCAUAGAUAUCAAUGACAAAAAUGAACUGGAAUCUGUUGAUCAAGCGAAUAGACCAAGUAGUUCAAGGCAAUUGCCUCAGUUGGAGCAACAGCAAAGAGAGCCGCCAAGUGGACUGAACACACCAUACAAUGAUUAUUUUGCUAAUGCACUUGAACCAACUAACACACCGCGUAAAAUAGAAUCUGCAACUCUUUCUGAUAGUAAAACUAAACAUCCAAACUAAGACAGUCUUCGCACUGUUAAUAACUUUGUAUAUUAAAAGAAAACCAGAAUUGAAAAUUAUCGUUAUUCAAAUAUUGUUAAAAUAUAAAAUAUUAAUAUGGCAUCACAGAAAAUCCCCUCGGCUUUGCAAUGGGUAUAAAAAAGAACAAAAAUCAUUUGAAUCUACAUAUAUGUAUUCCUUAAAUUCUAACUCUUGUUAGCAUAACACCGAAGCAAUUAUCUGUGCUAAACGCAGUUAUAAAAUUAAUUGGAUUUUUGUGUACAUAACUGAAUUUUAUAUUCAUUAUUAUUGUUAUACUCUUGUAAAAAAUUUAAACUCGGUACCAAAAUGUGAGAGCAUUAGUUUUGAAAGUAAUCUAAGAUGUAAAAAUAAUAACCUGAAGGUUAAAUUUUUAAAAACCUGAAGGGAAAGGUGUAAUAUUGUGUCUAUAAUCCUUGCUAAGAUAGCUGUGUCAAAUAAAUGUGAUUACAACUUCCUCCCAGAUAGCAACAAUAAAACAUUACAGUCAUUUCAUUA